CGCGCGAUCAAAACAAACGACGCAGACACCGACCAACACGACAAAUCAAUAGCACCGCAAAGCGCAUACGACUCUACGAGUUUAUCCCGACUCCAAUCGCCGUGAAAGGGUAUUUCUCAACAAUUAUACUGCAAAAUCUACCCCAAAUCAUUCUAGCAAAUCUACGUCUCCGAGCACCCGUACAUGAAAUAACCUCACCCAUAUUCGGCGCGCAACACACGACAACAUCAAAAGCACAACUUCGACGCACACACCGCACCCCAACCCCCAAAAAAAACCAUGGACGCCGAGCACCGCAAAAUCGAACUCCAAUCCCCGCAAGACCUCACCUUCCUCCAAUCCCAGAUCCGGCACGCGGCCCUCCAAAAACUCGACCUGCACCUCCCCGCCGUCCCAUCCUCCACCACAGCAAAUGCAUCCACCGCCACAGCAGGAGCAGACGGCAGCAGCAGCAAUCCGCCGUCCGCGGAGCCCGACGACCUGCGCCGCAAGACGGAGGAGCUGGUGAACCAGUUCGUGGCGCAGGUGCUCGAGGGCAUGAGGCGCAACAUCUCGAUUAACGGGAACGACGUGGUGCCCCUGGCCGAAGACGAAGAUGGCGGGAAGGAGAAGCCGGCGGCCAGCGUGGAGGUGGAGGAGUACGAGCCGUACGACGAGAAGCUGAGGAGCAGGCUGGCGGACCUGAAUGUCAAGCGGGAUGCGCUGGUGAGCAAGAUCAGCGCGCACAGGAGGGAGACGCCCGGGCUGGCGGCCGAGAGGUAUAGGGUUUCGUUUGAGGCGGAGUUGGAGCGCGAGAGGGUGGCGAGGGAGGAGAGGUUGAGGGCUGCGGGGACGGUGAGCGCGGAGGAUGGGCUGGUGGUGGAGGGGCUGAAGCGGGCGGAUGAAGUUGAGAGGAGUUGGGAGAGGGCGCUCGAGGGGCUCGGGAGGCUGGAGAAGGGGUUGCCGGAGACGAGGGCGAGGUUGGAGAGGUCGGCGGAGGUGGUGGCGUAUUUGAAUGGGAAGAAGUCGGAUUCGAAGGCCUCAUGAGUGUCUAGUUGGAGAAGAGUGAUAUGUGCGGAGCUAGAUGGAAGGUACGGCGCAUACGUCUUUUGGAUUCAUCAUGAUCAUUUCACUCAUGAUCAAAUGGACAUUGAUAUGGAGAGGGAGGGAUUGGUGUACUUUUUGGAUUUCAUGAUACCCCGCAAUUAUUUUUCUGGCACGACUCAGAAGAGAGAGCACUAUAAUAUGACAUUAUCAUCGAGAAAAACGUAAAUGCAAAGAAAUUAGAU